UGUAUCAUUAUUCUUUGGAUAUUAUUACCUGGAAUAAAAGCACUAGGAGAGGUUUCAUAAAUAUCAAAAUAACAGAUAAUUCAAGAAAUACAAUAGAAUCCAGAAUUAAUAGUGAUGCAGCUGUAUUUCAACAAUAUAGGCAAGCAAAGAUACUUGCUGGAUUUUAUCUGGAUUUUGGAAACAUUUCAACAAUUACUUUGACAUUUUCUACAAAGAGUACAGUGGGCCCCAAGUACAAGCUUAGGGUUCUCGAAAUGAGAUUAAAAUCCCUCUCACAUCCAGAAAGGAUCCAGCUAUGUAGAUAUGAUAUGAUACUUGUGGAAAAUGUUGAAACAACUUUUACACCUAUCCCAUGCUAUGAGAUAAAUAUGCAAGACAAUUGAUUAUUUCAGGAUAUUGUAUGCAAGAAAUUAAAGAGAGCAACAUGAACUGGUAACAAGUUUAAUUGGCUUACUUCAAGAAAGUUAAUUUGCCAAUUUUAUGACUACCUCUGAAGAUCACAGAAUGAACUUUUAAAAGAAAUUCAGAUUUUUUCAUGUACUUAGUUGCAUAUAUUAGCAAUCAAUUUCUAAUUAACGAGCAUUCAAAGCUGUGAAUUAUUUUUUGAGAAGAUUUCAAUUUUAGUCUUAUGCACAGUGAGGCUGACAUACCAUUGAAAUUAAUAGUAAUAACUUCAUCACUAAAUGUAGGCUCAUAGUACACUAAAUAUGUUUGUUGAUACUUUUAUAUUUGACAGAUCUAAUAUCUUAUUAUAUGAAUAUGAAAUGCUACAGUUUAGAGAAAUAGGUUCAGAUCAGAAUUUGGGCACAUUAACAAAUAUUCUCAUUAAUGGAGCAUCUCUGUUCAUAAUGACACUGACAGGCUGCUAAUAAGUUGUUAAAUAGAAACUGAAAUUGAAUCAAUAUAAUAAUAUGCUUUAUGAUGCAUAUGCAGUAUAAUGCAGAUACAAUUUGUAAAUAUUCAGAAUACAGAAGCUACAGUUUAGCUCAUCUUAUUGAUCCUAAAAAGAAU